CCGUGCAAGGAGAAAAAAAGGAAAACUCAAGUGACUCUGAAUGAUAAUAAUAAGGCUGCGUUGUUUAUCCAAAGAAGGGGGUUGGACUUCUGCUGAAUUCGCCAAACUCUUCUAAAUUUCCAUUUUCUUCCCCUCUUACAAAACUUCACCACUUUGUGUUCACACGACUGCCUCAGUCUCACUUCACCGCACCGCCGACCAAGGUCAGCGUCAGUGACCGCCCACUGGAACUGGCAACGCGGCACCGAAUCUCUGCGGACCCCGGCGGCAGCUUUUUUUUGUUGGGAGUUUUACUCACUGGCUGAAUAAACGAGGGACUAACAUACUUUCCCUGUACGGAUGGAGGAAGCCUCAGCAACGAAGGAGUAGCUAAAUAAACCAAACAAACGUUGGCCUAAAGUCAAGUUUGUGAGCGUUAAACGAAGUGACACCAUGUUGGGAAACCCAGGAUCUUAUGCUAACAAGAAGAGGAAGAAGCCUGUUCUCAAACAUAAGAAGGUCUCUGACGGCAAUGAAGUCGUUAAGUCAAACCCUUCAAAGCGCCACCGGGAUCGGCUGAAUGGGGAACUGGACCGGCUGACGGACCUUCUGCCCUUUGAAGGGGAAGUUCGCACUCGUUUGGACAAGCUGUCGGUCCUUCGCCUCAGCGUGGGUUACCUGAGAGUCAAGAGCUACUUUAAAGCAACCAUGACAAAAAGCAGCAGCAGCAGUCUGAUGUUCUCUGGAGUGAACGGGCAGAAUGGGAACAACAUGGACACCGCAGGCUUCUCUGAAGGGGACCUACUGCUCCAGGCGUUGAACGGGUUUGCGAUGGUGGUCACGUCAGAAGGAUCGGUGUUUUAUGUCUCUUCCACAAUCAAGGACUACCUGGGUUUUCAUCAGUCGGAUGUGGUUCAUCAGAGUGUGUUUGAGCUCAUCCACACUGAUGACCGGGCCUUGUUCAGACAGCAGCUUCACUUUGCUCUAAACCCCCCAUCUGCUGGCACGGAUGUAGAUGUGUUGAAGAGUUGUGGUAGUGCAGUGAUGUACAGUCCUGAGCAGCUUCCCCCAGAGAACUCGUCCUUCCUGGAGAGGAGCUUUGUGUGUCGCUUCCGCUGCCUCCUGGACAACUCCUCUGGCUUUCUGGCUCUGAAGUUCCAGGGGCGACUGAAGUACCUCCAUGGCCAGAGGGUUUUGAACGGGGACUGUAACAAAUCUCAGCUGGCACUCUUCGCCAUUGCUAUGCCCGUCCAGGCUCCAACCAUUGUGGAGAUCAGAGCUAAAAUGCUCCUCUAUCAAACCAAGCACCAACUGGACUUCACACCCAUGGCCGUUGAUAGCAGGGGAAAGAUUAUCCUGGGCUAUUCAGAGACUGAACUGUGUACGAAAGGCUCCGGCUACCAAUUCAUCCACGCAGCUGACAUGAUGUACUGUGCUGACAGCCACAUCCGCAUGAUUAAAACAGGAGAGAGCGGUCUGAUUGUUUUCAGGCUCCUGAGUAAGUCGCGUGGCUGGGUGUGGGUGAAGUCCAACGCCAAGCUGAUCUACAAAGGAGGAAGACCUGAAUUCAUCAUCGCAUAUCAGAGAGCUUUAUCCAACGCUGAGGGCGAGGAAUAUCUGCGUCAGAGGAGGGUGCAGCUUCCCUUCAGCUUCACCGCAGGAGAGGGCAUCCUUUACAACAACGACGCCACGGUGGACCUUCAACAGUUUCAGUUCAACAAAAAAUUCAGCGACGUUAACAAAAUGAAGGAGGAUGUGACCCCGGGCUCUUUGCUGGACUGCUUCCUGAGUCAGGAUGAAACGGCCUACAUGCCGCGGACAGUGGACACCCCUCUACCUGUGGACCAGGUGUUCAUGGACAGCCAGGCGCUGGUUAGCAUCGCCAGUGACUCGUGGCAGGAUGACGGCACUACAGCCACAACCAGUGACCCUGUUGUAGUGAAAGAGGAAGCCAAGCAGUCAGUGAUGGCUGUGAUCGACAACCUGGAAGAAAUGGCUCAAAACGGUGACUUUUGCGCAGCGUUGCAGAACCUGGAGGUCGGUGACGCAGAGCUGAUGGAGUGGAAUAAUGCCCUCAAGAGAUUAAGUCAGGACCAGGAUCAGCAGAGCAAUGUCAGGUCUGAGCUGGACAGCAUCCUCACUAAUGACAUAUUUGAUUACAUCGAUACGGUUUUGUUCAAGGAGAAGGGAGAAGAUAUUCUAAAAGGCAGCCCUCCCAGCUGCCUCACAGCAGUCAACAACAAUCAGCAGGACCCCAUCACUCAGGCUGCCCGGCUCUCAGCCACUGGACUCGGUGAUCCACAGCUGUUUCAGACACCGAGCCCCGAUCGUACUUACUCUCCAAUGAAUGGUCUCUAUGCUCACCAGCAGGAUGCGAUGACUGGCCCAGCGAUUACAGGGUGUAGCUUAGUAGAGUCCACGCAGAUAUUCAGAAGCACCCAGAAACUCUCCCACCACGGUCCCCUGAUUACUCCAGUUGACACCAACCUGCCCCCUCUUCAACAGCUGCAGCUCCAGGACAUUUUCAGCCCGUCUAUAGAGCUUCCAGAGCUCACCGUCCCCGACGCCUCGGGCCCUUUUCAAUCCUGUGGGCAGGCAUCUAUCAGCCACAUGGGCCGCCCUCAGGGGACUUCAGCACAGACGCAGUCCAACCAACUUCUGCAGUGUCUUCAAAACAAUGUGCAAGCUCCUGCAGUAGCAGCAAAUGGACAGUUGCUGCAGAGCUCCGUUCCACAACCAAACAACGUAGCGCCCGGCAUAGUAGACCUUUUGCCAGCCCUGAUUCCGUGCAGUGACUUUAAUUCCGCUAGCACACCUAAUAUUCCCAUUCCCUUUGCCACACCAUGUCUGCAAGGAAGCCCCUCUUUUGAAACGCACAACCACCAGGUUCAACAGUGGCCGCAGAGCCACAGCCAGAAGCUGCCCCACGCUGGCAUCGUGCAGGACGGACACAAGCUGAUGCCAGCGUGCCACAGCCUAACGCCAGAAAGCCAAACGUUCCCACAUGCUGCUGGCUUUUGGCCAAGGGAUGUCACCGGACUGAACCCCACUCAGCAGCAUGGAGAGCUGACAUGUGGCCAGGCAGCCACUCACAGCAGCUGCAUGUUCAACCAGCACUUUUCAUCCGGGCCAGCAGGAGGCGACGUCCUGGCUCUGUCCGGGCCUCCAGGCCCCCUGAGGGGGGCUGACGCGUCUAUGGAUCAGAGUCCUCCUCAAGGUUCCUGCUACUUCCAGUGGAGCCACAGUGAGUCCAUGGUGGGCACAUCAGCCAUCAACCAGGAGAACGUCAACGUCAGCCCUCUGACCGCUCCACCCAACAUUCAGCACUACCUGGAAUACCAAAGACACACACAGCAGGGGGAAAGAGUCUCCGCUGAAAGCAAUGGGAUUUUUGACGCUCCUGCUCUUGAUGUUGCCGCUGUGUACCUGACAAAGUAGAGCCAAGCCAUGUUGUUAUUUCUGUCGCGACACAUCCAGGAGGACAAAACUCAGUAUAGUUUGCCUGUAUCAGUGCUUAUCCACAGACUCUCAUGCCUACCCUCGUCGUCAUAUGUUUUAUAUCACUCUGUAUCAGUUAUACUUUGUCCAGUCUGUAAUGUUUUAGAUGCUGUUGCUUGUCAGUUUUUAGUGAAGAUACACUAUAGUAAUAAUGAAGUAUGAAGCCACAAGUGCAUUUACCAGGAUGGAGCUUAAGCCAGCUAGGAGGAUUGGUCAAGUAAAUCCAAAUAGCCAAAGAAAUAGGUUUUUAUAAGGGAAAGCAGGUUUUAGUCACGUCCUUGUUUUCAGCCAGGGACAUAAAUGUAUUUAUCUCCCAAGUAUAAAUACCUGAAAAUGGAAAAAAAAAAAAAAAUGCAGUAUAUAUAAUCAUUCUAAAAUUUGAUGCUUACAAAGUGGAGACUUUUUCUAAGAGAAGUCAUCAUCUUUAUAAAAAUCUGUGUAAAGACUCACUGAAAGUGAUAGCUACCUGAAAGCACAGCUGUACCUUAUAAAUCUGUAUAUUUUAAAUGGAUCCCUUAAAUGUGGUUGAUGUAAAGUGUAUAAAUACAUGUUGUAAUUGUAUUUGUUUCACCAAAAUGUUUGCUUUGGCUCACAAAAAUCUCAUAUGUACAGAAUGCCUCAGCAUGUAAUCCACGUGUGCAGUGUAAAUGCAUUUUUAUGGAGAAUACUUUCCGGUUGGAGAUGCAGAGAUAGCUCAAAUCCCAAUAGUAAACAUGUCAGAAAUAUAGGAAAAGAAAUCAGGAAAAAUGUUUUGCAAACUUCUGUCAGGGAUGCAAACAUUUUGGUUUGUCGCAUUAUUUCCAUUUCACUGACAUUUUUUAAAAAGAGAAGCAUAGCUGCAGUUGAGUUAAUGUGAAUGCACUGCUGCUAAUUAAGACCUGUACUUGUGGGUUGUUUUUUUUAGUUUUUUUUAGAUGCACCUUACUCAUGUCUAAAAAGCAAUGGAACUAAAAGUAAACUGCAAGUGUGUCACUGAGCUUUAAGAAAUCAGUCCAUCAGAAAUCACUUCAAGCUUGUCAAACAUACUACGCCACAUUCCCCCAAACUGUAAUCAUGCACUCACUUGUCUAAACAAAAUGCUCAGUGAUUGCAAGAAAGAAAGUCAAAUAACUAGCAUGAGUUACAAAAAAAAAAAAAAAAAAAAAAGGUUACAGUAGAAGACUAAAUGGUCUCUCAAUUUUCUAUUUUAAACCAAAAAUGGAUGUACUUUUAGGGAAAGCUUAUUCUUUCUCAAAAAUGCUCAACCACGCUGACAAAAGCUGUGUCCCAUUUCAUGGGCCAACUCCUCAGAAUGAUGCACUUUUGACACAGGUGAUCCUCCCUACCUACAACUCUGUCCUCACCCAUAUAGACUUCUGUUCAAUUCUCCUAUAUUUUGUUAUACAGAGUAGAAACAGCCUAAAAUAUAUAUUGCCUUAACCAAACAUUAAUUUAUAUGAUCGCAUACAGCAUGGUCAUAUACAUUUUUGUGUGCCUUCAUGCUGAAUCGGCAGCUUAAAAGUAUCUUCAUAUAAAUAUAUCCGUGCCUUCUUGUAUAAAGCAUCUUAAAAUAAUAUUUUAUGCUAUGGCGCUUGUUUUUUUUAAGGCAAUCCUUAAGAGCUGCACUAAUUUGAGUGAAGCCAUGUUCAUAGGAGAUACAGUACCGUUACUGUAAAUUGAAAUUUGUAUCCUUAAGUGCAUUUAAAGGCUCUGAGGACUUUCUUAAAGUCCAUUUUCCAGUACACAAACGUCCUUAACAAUAGAAACAAGGGAACAUGCUUAACUUGACCUAUCUCAAUAGAGAUGGUAAGAUGUCUUUCAUUGACAAGCAGAGUAUUCAGUACCAAGAAUGUGGAGAUUUAAACUGGUCUAAAAAUGCAUUCAGAUCAUAUUUACUUGGCUUUGUCUGUUUCCUGUUUGUGCUCUUCAUGUUGGCUUUGUUAUAUUCACACUACAAAAAAAAACAACAGCAUUAUUGAUUUGGAUUAACCUGAGCGUAAACAGCUUUCUACAUGGCAGCUUCACCAUAUUCCUGCUGCACUGUGGGAAAUCACUCAGUAUUUUACCUCUCUCUAUGGAUCUAUCGUGUAUGUUUUUUGGAAAUAGCUUUUUAGUACAAGGCCUAAAGUUAGGGCACAGAUUAAUACGGCUUCCUUUCCUGUGUCCUUUUUUGCUCAUUGUUCAUUGUGUUAAAAAAAAAAAAAAAAAAGCUGUCAUGGACUCUUCCGGCUGUAGAGGAUCUCAGCGUGAAGCAGACUGUGGAGGCUAUAAGGACGGCCUGUAAAUGGCCUUUGAUAUUGAACUUUGAUACAGACACGUCAUGACUGUAGCCACUAUGAAAAAAAAACCUGGAGCCAAAUGUUUCUUCACAGCGGUGUUGAUGUUUUUAUGCUAACAUGUGCCUUGCAAUAUUUCUGUUAUUCGUAUAAAAAAAA